AUGCCACCGUCGAGUCGCAUACCACCUCUUCUCCAACCAUACAUCCAACUUCCUCGCGAGGAUUCGCUUAUCCUGCUCACGAGCACUCUCGGAGCCAGCGCAAACUGGCUGCUACUACGGUUCCUGUGCGAUGCGCUGAGCACAGUCACAGCUCAAGACGGCGGGGAGGAGGGGCACAAUGUAGUGCUGGUUUCUUGGAUGCGACAGUACGAGUUCUGGAAACAGGAAUCCAGAAAGAGCGCGGGUCUAGAUUUGGAGAGACUCAGGAAAGAGGGGAGAUUCGCCUUCGUUGAUGGGCUGGGGGCUGGUGCAAAUACGCCUGGCAAUGGUAUAUCCGGAAUAGACGCGCGGGCCAAUCGACAGGCAAAACCACAAGUCACGGGACUGAAUAGGAUCCAGGUGCAGAGAGGGCCGCAGACAUUACCUGCACGAGGUCCUCUCGGAGGGAUAGCGCCUGUAAGAGGACCACCUGUAGCGGCAGUGGCAGCGGCAGCGCCUACACAAUCACCCGCUACGGUUCCUACAACAUCAGAGGCGGCCGACGCAGGUAGCAGUACCCCCGGUCAUUACGUAUUGAAGACACUCGACCUUUCAGAAAUCAAAACGACCAUUUCCAGCGCCGUCUCUGCACUCAAUCCCUCAGCGGUACAGCGAAAGACGCUCCUCAUCUUCGAUAAUCCAGACCUCCUCCUCGCCCUCAACCCCUCCAUCACACCCUCGGACUUCACUUCGCUUACUCUGGCUCUUCACACAAUACCAACUGUGUCACCUGUUCUCACCCAUAUACAAUCCGAUAACCCGCUUCUCAACCUUUCCACACCACCUCAACCACUUGAGCUUGCGCAUCACAACCUGCUAGUCAAAUUUGCUCACAUGAGCAGGAGGAUACUGGGUGUGAGGAUCUUGGACACUGGAGUUGCAAGGGACGUGAGCGGCGUCAUACGGAUCACCGAACAGAAGCAUGAAUGGUCAGACUUGGAUCUCAACGAAAAUGAACCCAAAGAAAGUGGUGACAAUAGGCGAGGAAAGGAGUUUCUGUACCAGGUUAAAGGCGACGGUAGCGUGAGGGUUUUUGAGAGGGGUGCUGGUGGAGAGGCUUGA